AUACUCGUUAUGUGUAUAUGGAAUAACAAAAACAUUAAAAUUAUCUAUCAAUAGACCACCGAAUAAAAUUUAAGAGAGAUGAACCCGACCAAAAUCUACAUUUCCCAUAUAGUAAUCUAAAAAUCGAGGGAGGCCAAAAAUGAAAAAGAAUAAUCAGAAAGAAUAUUCCUCAACCCCCACAAAUGGUCACUCAUUCUUCAAGUACAAACAAGUCCAUUCAUUAAUCAUAAUUCAUAACCAAUUAACCAUAACCAUAACCAUAACCAUAACCUAACUUACCCCCUUCUCCCUUUUCCCUUUCCUAAUAAAGUAUCUAAUCACACCGCCUUUGAACAUCUUCCCCACAUCAUUAACACUCUAAUCGGACGGCUCUUAUUACUCCCACCAUUUUCCUUUUUUUCUUUUUUGAACUAUUUUCUUUCUCUUUUUUUAAAAAAUAAAAUAAAAUUCAUCUCGUCAACAAACAGCAGAGACGAAGAGAGAGAAAAUAAAACUCAGAGAACCCAGUAGAACAAAAAAAAAAAGCUUGAGCUAAAUUACCCCAAUUUAGAAACCCUAAUUUUCCAAAUUAAAAUCAAAAAAGGAAAGUUCGAUGAAUUUGUAGAAGGAAGAAGGGUAUAAAAAUAGAUGCAUGUCUCCUCUUUCACCCAGACACUGUCUUUGGAUCCGAACCCGAAUCCGAGCCCAAACCCGAACCCGUUUUGGAAUUGGAAUUGGGUGCUCCAGUUUUUCAUCACUGCCUUCUUUCUUGCAUUAGGGUUUCUUUGCUUGCUUCGUUCUACAGCAUCUAAAUAUUUUGUUGUCGAUUCUAAUUUUAAUUCUAAUUCUAAUUCUAAUUCUUCAACGACGUCGUUUCCUGAUAUGGCUGCUUCCGUCGUCCAUUCUUGUGCUUCUUGUGGCAAGCCUGCUUCUAAGCUUUGCACCGGUUGUAAGAUUGUUAGAUAUUGCUCCGCGACGUGCCAAAAACAACACUGGCAAUCAGAGCACAAGAAAAAAUGUUCAAAGUCACCACAGCAAACAGGUGGAAAGCGCAAUAUGUCUAUUGCUUUGGUCCCUUCAAGUGGAUCUGUCAAGAUACAGAAGGUUGUGGACAAGGUUCUCUUUCCAUAUGAUGAAUUUGUCAAACUUUACGACUGGGACAAAUCCAUCUUUCCACCUUGUGGGCUUUUGAACUGUGGAAACAGUUGUUUUGCAAAUGUGGUUCUACAAUGCCUUGCGCACACCCGACCACUUGUAGCAUAUCUGCUUGAAAAAGGCCAUAGGAGAAAUUGUAGGAGGAAUGAGUGGUGCUUCCUGUGUGAACUUGAAAUGCACAUGACAAAAGCUAGUAGGAGUCAGCAACCUUUUUCACCAAUUAAUAUCCUAUCGCGAUUACCUAGCAUUGGAGGUAAUCUUGGUCAUGGAAAACAAGAGGAUGCUCAUGAGUUCAUGAGGUUUGCCAUUGAUACAAUGCAAUCUGUCUGCCUUGAUGAACAUGGUGGAGAGAAAGUCAUUGAUCCCAAAUCCCAAGAGACUACCCUUAUACAACAUAUAUUCGGUGGUCAGCUUCGAUCCCAGGUUAUAUGUACCACAUGCAAUCAAGUGUCUAAUCAGUAUGAGAAUAUGAUGGAUCUGACGGUUGAAAUUCAAGGAGAUGCUACAUCUUUGCAGGAGUGUCUUGAUCAAUUUACUGCAAAAGAGUGGCUUCAUGGAGAAAACUUGUAUAAAUGUGAUGGAUGUAAUGAUUAUGUCAGGGCAUGGAAGCGUUUAACUAUUCACCAAGCUCCAAACGUACUUACAAUUGCUUUAAAAAGAUUCCAGAGUGGGAGAUUUGGUAAAAUUAAUAAGAAAAUUAUUUUUCCUGAAAGUCUGGAUCUUAGCCCAUAUAUGAGUGAGGGGAGAGAUGGCACAGAUAAAUACAAGCUGUAUGCAGUUGUGGUCCACGUGGACAUGUUAAAUGCAUCUUUUUUUGGCCACUAUAUCUGUUACACAAAAGGUUUCCAGGGAGACUGGUACAGAAUUGAUGACUGCAAGGUGGCGAGGGUUGAAUUAGAUGAAGUUCUUUCACAGGGAGCUUAUAUGCUUUUAUACAGAAGGAUUUCUGCUCGACCAAAAAGUCUAAAGACAUCUGAACCUGCAAUAAAUCAGCAGCAGGAUGGGAGGAAGUUGUCCACUGAGGCAGAGCAUAGUAGCUCAACCCGACAGGCUGAUUCGUUAAAUUCUUUGGAAGCGUCCAAUUCCAAUUGCAGUUCGGCCAAUCAUCUAGAUUCUGAUGUGGACAGGCAGUUGGACCACACUCAUACUCCAGCAGAACAAUUGAAACUGAUUGACAACGACUUGGAGGACUUUCAGACUGUCAAUUCUGUGUCAGGUCUACCAGUUUCAGUUGAAGUGUCGGAGAAUGGAAGUUGUUCUUUGAAUACACUCACAGCUGUUGCUGCCCAAACGGUUUCCAGCUCUCCGUCGUGUUCAAGUGCAGAAUUACCUGGUGAAGUUUCAGAUACCCCUGGAUCAUCUGCUAUGGGUGGGAAUGUAUUGAGUGCUGCCUCACGUGAGGGUUUAGCAGCUUUAGCUGUAGCUGCUAUCUCAGUGUCUGAUGAAGAAGCUGUUCGUUUUCCAGCUGAUUUCUCGGGUUCCACUGGAAAACCUGAAGAGCUAAGGUUUAAGGAUGAAAUCAAUUCCCAUGUAGCUGGCAUUUCUGAAAAUUUUGUUCCUGUCACCUCUGACCCAACUGUCCCUUGUGAGAUGAACUGCUUCAGUAAUGGAUCUGUUGCAGGAUAUCCUUACCAGAGAGUUGACGAGAGGAAGAAUAGUGAGAUGGGUUAUCUUGGCCUUCUUGACAAGGAAGAAAGUGAGGUAUCUCCAGAUGACAUGGAUUUGGACAGUGUGGAGCUUAAUGAGCCUGAUAACUGUUCUAAUGGUGACAUCCACGACAUUAUAAUUGAUGAAAGUCCUGUUAAUUCUUGUUAGGUCCUGCUACUAGAUAAAGAAAAGCCUUUUUGCGUGCAUGGCUAGGUCAUUGGGAAGCCAUCAGUAGAUUGGAACUUCUGCAUACCUCUGUUAUAGGAUGUAUGACUGUUGCUGGAAGGCAGUUUGGAAAGUUUUACUUGGAGCAAGUUAGGCCUGUAAUUAUCUAUUUUUUUCCUGUUGCAGAGGACAAAUCCAAGCAGCAACAGCGGAGGAACCUCCAUUGCGUGGUUAAUUAACAAACUGUUCGAUUUCUAAGAUUAUCAUACAAUUAGAUUUAGUAUAAGAGUUGAAGCAAGAAAUAGUUCAGAUAGAACUUUUUUUUUUUUUUUUCCCCAUUGAUUCCCCCCCCCCACCCGAGUUUUAGGGAUCAUUAUUUAGCUGAUAAUCCUCGUUUAGGAACUGAUUUAGGGCAAAGUCCUGGAUUUCAGUAUUAGAAGGAAUCUUGGAUGCUAACCUUCAAAUUUCUUGAAUGUGUUGGUUACUUGGCAUUUGGACAAGUACAUCGAGCACUUGGAUAUGCUAUGAAUUUCUUUUUGAUUAGGCAAUCA